AUGGAGAAGAAGAGAUAUGUGGGUUCAGAAGAUGGAAAAGUGAACACUUAUAUAUCAGAUGAUAUAGCCGUUUCAAUUCUAUCAAAGUUGCCGCUUAAAUCUUUUAAGCGAUUUCAAUGUAUUCGAAAAUCAUGGUCCCUCUUAUUUGAGAACCAUCACUUCAAGAACAUGUUCCGCACGAAUUUCUUUUCCAAUUCUCACUGUUGUUCUUAUUACGAUGGUGCAUCUCUCCUCCUAAAGGUUAUUGAACACAAUAAAGAAGCUUUGUAUUCUUUUUCUGGUGAGAGGUUCAAGAAUAAAAUCAAACUGGAAUUCACAAAUCCUUUUCUUGAAAAUGAUAGUAUUCAUGUGUUUGGUUUUGGUAGUAUUAAUGGUACUUUUUGUCUUCAUGAAUAUCAAGAAGGCGAUUAUGAAAAAAUUACACUGUGGAACCCAGCUACGGAAACAUUUAAUCUCCUUCCUCCCGGUGAGAUUGAGUCAGCUAUCACAGAUGAAGCUAAGGCUUUAGUUGAAGUUUGGUUUUAUUCUUGUCUUCAUGGAUUUGGUUAUGACCAUGUUAUAAGUGAUUAUAAGGUCAUUCGGGAUGUACAAGUUUUGAUACAACCAUCAUUUCAAUACUCUGAUGACCUUGAAGAAAUUACAACUUUAGGCUGGUUGGAAGAAAUUAAUGCUUGGGAGAUAUAUAGCCUAAGAAGUAACUCAUGGAGAAAACUUGAUAUUGAGAUGCCGUCUUCUUGGGAGUUGUACUGA